AUGAGCUCGCCGCUUUGUUCCCAUUUCUGUACCCAAAUACCGGCGGAACUCACGCUCGGCUGUUUCGCAGGGCGUGAUGCUGAGCCCGUGCGACCGGCUCCUCCACCGUGCUCCCGCGCCGCCGCCGCCGCCGCUGAAUCCGCAGUCGAGCCUCGCGGCCUCGGUCCCCGGCGCCAGCCGCAGGGACAAAGGCCUCGCGCUCCAGAGCAACGCGGUAUCGGCGCCGCCGGCGAGACUUGCCCCAAUGCGGUGGUGGUUCCACCCACCGUCGCCGGCCCCACCGGACAGAGUGCUGCCCCGCAAAGGGGGAAGGGUAGGGGCAGGUUGGCCGGCUACGGCGGGUCCAUCCCGGCGAUGCUGUAUGCGCUGGAGCGCGUCCGGGACGUCGGGGAGGCGCUGUGGCCGUGGAGGGACACACUGAGCAGCCGGGAGAGGACCAUCAUCCUCAAGGAGCAGAAGGACUGGCGGCGGGCGGUCGAGAUCUUCGACUGGCUCCGCGGGCAGAGGGGCCACGAGGUCAAUGUGAUCCACUACCAUGUCGUGCUCUGCGCGGUCGGGCGCGCCAGGAGAUGGGACCUCGUCGCCGGCCUGUGGCACCAGAUGCAUUCCUGCGGCGUGGCGCCGGAUAACGCGACGUACGGUACGCGUGUGUACUGCAAAGGGGGCAGAGAGACGGCGGCGUUGCUGUGGCUCGGGGACAUGUGCAAGCGCGGCUUGGUGCCCGACGAGGUGACCAUGAGCACUGUCCUUCAUGCCCAUAAGAAGGCUGGAGAGUAUGAGAAGGCAGAGCUGUUCUUUCAAAGAUGGUCUUCUGAAUCAAAUACAGGGUUGCAUGGACACCUUUGCUAUAGCUUGUAUACCUACAACACCUUGAUUGAUACUUAUGGAAAGGCUGGGCAGCUUGAGAAAGUGUCAGACAUGUUCAACCAAAUGUUGAGGGAAGGUGUCGCGCCGAGCAUUAUUACAUUCAACACACUGAUUCAUGUCUGGGGUAAACACCAUAGGAUGGAGCAGGUGGCUUCUUUGGUGAGGAUGAUGGAGGAGUUUCAGUGCCUUCCUGACACCAGGACUUACAAUACACUGAUCUCACUCUACAGAGAAAGCAAUGAAAUUGAUGUUCCAGAGCACUACUUCUGUAAGAUGAAAGCCGAAAAAUUGGUGCCGGAUGUUGUGAGCUGCCGCACCCUAUUGUACGGGUACUGUACCAGGGGAAUGGUCAGUAAAGCAGAAGCCCUUGUUAAAGAAAUGGACGAGAGUGGCCUGGUGAUCGAUGAAUACACGCAGUCAGCUCUAACCAGGAUGUAUGUAAAUGCUGGGAUGCUCGAGCAGUCGUGGUGUUGGUUUGAGAGGUUCUGUAAUCAGAUGGACUCCGAGUGCUUUUCUGCAAAUAUUGAUGCAUUUGGGAAGAAAGGGUGCAUAAACCUCGCGGAAAAGGCUUUUAUGUGUUGCCUGGAGAGGAAGAUGCUUAGCGUUUCUGUGUGCAAUGUUAUGAUCAAAGCAUAUGGGUUAGCAGAUAAGCUUGAUGAGGCCUGUGAGAUAGCUGCUGGCAUGGAGAGGUACGGUGUACUACCUGAUUACUUGACUUACAGUUCUCUCAUUCAACUCCUGUCAACUGCUAAACUGCCAGAGAAAGCUCUCUACUACUUGAGAAAGAUGCAAGCAGCUAAAAUGCCGAUUGACUGUGUUCCAUAUUCUGUGGUGAUUGGCAGCUUUACUAAGAAUGGGGAUUUGCACAUGGUUGAAUGCCUAUUUAGAGAAAUGGUCACUUUGGGGGUCCACGCGGAUGCAUAUGUUUACUCUAUCUUAAUUGAUACAUAUGCUGAAGUUGGAAAUGUCCAGCAAGCUGCAGCAUAUUUUGGUUUAGUGACAAAGGCUGGUUUAUGUGAGAGUGCUUCGAUCUACAAUUCUUUGAUCAAACUCUACACGAAAGCAGGGUAUCUGGCAGAGGCACAAAAAACGUACAAGCUUCUGAAAUCAUUAGAUACCGACACCAACCUUUAUGCAUCCAACUGCAUGAUUGGCCUCUACAGUGAUCAUUGUAUGGUGAACGAAGCACGUGAGCUUUUUGAGAAUUUGAAGAUUACGGGAAGCGCAAAUGAAUUUUCAUAUGCGAUGAUGGUGUGCUUGUACAAGAAAGUUGCUCGCUAUGAUGAAGCUCACAGGAUCUCCAAGGAAAUGCAAGCUUUAGGGCUUCUAACUCAAGCAUUAAGUUAUAAUUCUGUGAUUCAGAUGUAUGUAUCUGGUGGGAAAAUGGAGGAGGCUGUGAAAAUAUUUCAGAAGAUGUUGGCAUCGAGCACACCGCCAAACGAUGUAACUUUCAAGGCACUAAAGCCAAUACUAGUGAAAGAAGGAGUUUCAAAUAUUGAGAUUGCAAAAUUAGAGUCUCUCAGAAGGUGUAACACUCAAGAUUGCUUGAAUCAGUGGUACAGGGCACUAGCUCUGGUUGUCAGAUCAGAUGGGACUACCUCUCGACAUACUAUGGGUCACUCUUGUACAAGGAUACAAUCUUUUUACAUUGACAGUUUCUAG